UACCAGAGCCUCCUCUCCCUCGCCCCGGUGCCAUGAUACCAUCCGGCCCGGGGCGCAGCUCGCUCUCUUUGCCUUUCUCUCGCAUCCUCUCCAGCUUCUCUCCUGUUGUCUAGACUCUCUGUCACCAAUUAUAGGAGCCGGCGGACCUUGGUGUGGCCAUUAGCUGUUCUCUCCCCCCUCCCCCCCUCCGCUGCAAAAGUCCUACUCCGCAUUGGCGGCGGACUCCGGUCGCAAUGGAGCUUCCCUUCAACCUGGUGGAUACAGCUCUUUCCUCCACGCACAUUGACGCCAUCGACGCCCUUCGAGCCUUUUUUCUUUUGGCAUCCUGCACGAUCCUCUCCGUCAGCAUCUUGCCAGAUUCGCUUCACUCACGCUUCAUUCCUUAUGGCGCUCGUACAACCUCGACGGCCGACUCGCAAUCCUCGCAGUCCUCACCCCCGGCGUCCUCGGACUCUCCGGCAGCCCGCGCUCUUGACUAUGCUGCCGCCUUGACAGUCCCUCACAGCUACUUCACACAAUUCUACAUUGCCUCCGUUCUGGCUUCGGUCUUCUGGGCUGCGCAGCUUUUGUGUCAGGGUGCUGUGUUCCAGGCCUUUGCGACGAGAAUCAGUCCGGAACAUAUGCAACAGUCCAUGUCGAUACAGCAAGUCUUCUUGUGCUGGGCGCUCAUGCUCAUCCAGGGUGCAAGGCGGCUAUAUGAGUGCAGCGCCUUCGCCAAGCCUUCGGCCUCGAGAAUGUGGUUUGUUCACUGGCUCGUAGGCCUUGCAUUUUACCUAGCAGUAUCCGUUGCCUUAUGGAUUGAAGGAGCAGGAGCCCUGCUGUCUCAUAAAGUGAUUCUCGACGACGUCAAGGUUACGAUAGCUCCGUCUCUCCGCACCUUUGUCUGCAUCCCUCUUUUCUUGAUUGCAUCGGGCGUCCAGCACGACUGCCACCAUUAUCUCUUCUCUCUGAAGAAGUAUACCCUACCCACUCAUCCCAUUUUCCGCGGGAUUAUCUGUCCGCAUUAUACAGCAGAGUGUGUGAUAUAUCUCUCGCUGGCUCUGCUGGGCGCGCCCAAGGGUGAGGUCGUAAACAAGUCGCUGUUGUCCGCUCUCGUAUUUGUCGUUAUCAACUUGGGCGUCACCGCUGCGAACACCAGGCAGUGGUAUAUGCGAAAAUUCGGCGUGGAAUCUGUGCGGGAGAGAUGGAACAUGAUCCCUUUGGUUUACUAAUUAUGUAGCAUGAGACCAGCGGGGAAAUUG